ACCCAAUCUCUUCAAAUGGAGUUCCCAAAUCGCUUGCCUCUUUUCUUCAUCUUCUUCCUCUCUUCCAUUUUCCUUUCCUUUGGGCAGGGCAGUGCGCACACGGUUGCGUUUUACUUUCGCAACAAAUGCCCAUUCACCUUAUGGCCAGCGACGGCACCGAACGCCGGCCAGCCCAUACUCGCCGACGGGGGGUUCACUCUCCUCUCCGGCCAAACACAGCGCGUAGUGGCGCCAGCAUCCUGGACCGGCCGAUUCUGGGGAAGAACCGGCUGCAACUUCGGCCCAAAGUCAAACAAUCAACAACCCGCUUGCGAAACCGGCGACUGUGGGGGCCAACUCGCCUGCAAGGGGCUAAUCGGAACACCACCAGCGACACUCGUCGAAGUUGCCCUCCAAGAAGACAAAUCAAAGCCCAGUUUCUACGACAUAAGCCUUGUUGACGGAUUUAACCUCCCGAUUUCAGUUAAUUCGAAACAGCCCAUUUCCCCCAAAUGCGCCAUUGGAAGCUGCGAGAAGAAUCUUAACGAAAUUUGCCCCGAUGAAUUGAAGGUUUUGAAUGGGAACCGUCAAGUCGUGGCUUGUAGAAGCGCUUGUUUGGCCUUUGGAUUAGACCCGUUCUGCUGCAGAAAUGAGUACGGAUCGCCGGAGACUUGUAAGCCGAGUCUGUAUUCGAGGAUGUUUAAGGAGGCUUGCCCGUCGUACUACAGCUUUGCCUUUGAUUCGCCACCGCCGUUGGCCAGUUGCUCGGCUAAGGAAUUUGUUAUCACGUUCUGUCCGGCGGGUUGGGGCGGCGGCGAUGCGGCGGCGAGACAAGAGUAGUGGGUUCAGUGAUGACGGUGGAUCGACUUGGUUUGGCUUAGCUAUGUUGUGAAGUUUGUAUGAAUAAUAAAUUUUUUCUUUUUUUUUUUAAAAUCGUGUUGGGCUCGGCAAUGUACUAUUGGGCCGACGGCCCACCCUUUAAUAGCUCAAAAUUUCCGCCAUUCUGUUUAGGGUUUCUUAUACAAUGGGCGAAACUAGACCUAUAUAAAUAUGCGCCGAAAGGGCUCUGCUCUCAUCCGUUCAUAAUCUUUCCUGUUACUAUCUCUUUAAGCAUUUGCUCUAUAUUGUUUUUCUCUGUUUAUAUGUUAUUCCGGAUCAAGUGAUGAGAAAAAUAACUGCAACAAUAUGAAUGGAAGCAAUUCCAUGUUCAUGAUUCGUGGUAUUUACGUCUGAUGUUCUUUCUUUUCUUUGUUUGAUUGUUCAUUUUAAUCUGGAGAUUUGAUGAAUGUUUUGAAAUACUUAUUGGACUCUGAUCUUCAUUUUUCGAUCUGUUUUGCUUUCUACUUCAUAUUUGUCUAUGUGUAGCGGUUGCUCUGUGAUUACAUGCCUUCUCAGGCAAUAUACGCUAUUCUGAAACUCAAUAAUGUGGAUAGAUCUAUUGAAUGAGAAUGAGAGCUUCAGCUUCUAUAUGUUUUUUUCGUAAGCUAUUUAGUGAU